UCAUUUAUUCGGCCAAAUGUGCUUAAAAGUGGGCGCAGUACUAAUCGGAGCAGAUUUUUAUUUUGCCUUUUAAAGAAAAAAUCCAAACGAUGCUGUUUAUUUCCGGGUGUGAAGCAAACGCAACACUGGUCUGUCCAACAGGAGGGGAAAAACGAUUCUGUUGUGGCGUGGAGCUGGGAGGGAUGAUUACUGAGCAGCUUCUCCAGUACAUAAAUACACACCCCCUGUUACUGAGCGCAACAAUAAAGCCAAGGCGCCGGUAGGAAGAGGAAAAAUCUGCCCUAACUUCUGAUAGCUGAAUCGUCUGUUUGGCGAGGGCCAUGCAACCCCUGAAGAAGUACUUUACAGAAGGCCUAAUUCAGGUGGCCAUUGUCCUCAGUCUAGCUGGGAUGCAUGUAGAUGUGGAUCCUUACCUUCCUCCUCCACAUAACCUCAAUAUCCAAAGCCCAGAUCUGACCCAGAGCCAGUUUGGCAACCUCCAGAAUUCUCCACAAGGUUAUGGUCUCCACAUGAAGAGCCCAGAUGUGGAAGCCUCUGUUCCAGUUCCCAGGUUGUUGCACUGGGUGCACUCUCUGCGGCACCUGAACAUUCCAGCAGCACAGCUUGAGGCCUGGCUGGUCCACAGUGAGUCUGACAACAGCGGAAUGACUCUACCUGGCCUAACAGAUUCCUGGGAUGGUGGUGAUGAGCUGGUGGACAUGGAGGACUCAGCAAGUUUGACUAUGAGGAUGGGAGGUGGAGGGAUUGGAGAAUUGGGGAAUGAUCCAUUUAUGGAUGAUGGAAGCUUAGGGGUGGUGACAACACUUUCAAGAAGUCAGAUGGAUAGUGAAGACGUUAAAGAGGAAGCAGAUGAACUUUCACUAUGGCAGCAAGAAUUCAACCAAAAUAUCCACCAGGAUCAGCUUCGUCAAGGACAAAGUCAGUACUUCAGUCUGCUUAAUGAAGACGAUGAGGAUGAGCUCAUGAUGGACGGCUGGCAGCAUGCAAACCCGUUUCGUAACCCAUUGACCGGCAUGCAAGAGGAUGUACAGUCUCACUCCCUGUCUACUGAGGAAUGUCUGCAAUUGCUAGAGGCUGGUUUGCCCCUAGGAAAUGAGCAAUAUUUGGCAGAUCCUGAUCCAGUGAGAACAGAUGAAGACCUAUUGCAACACAAUGGGUCUCUUUACUCCUCUAUGUUAUCUCAACAAGAGCCUGUGAUGGACCUAGAACAGCAAUGGCAAGAUGUUUUGGCUGUCUUGGGACCACAGGACACGAACGCAGAUGACUUAUUGGAUAGUUCUCACUUCAGUAAUGAAGGAAGAACAAGAGAAACCAGGACGUUGGAGAAUCCCAUGCAGCAGAAUCUAAGCCUAGAUCAAUCUGUUUUUUCAAGAUCCAGUCAGAUCUCCUUUGCAAGCAACACAGCCAGCAGAGACGAGAAUUACCUUUCUAACCAGAACAAUACCUCUUUGAAUGUUUCAGACGACUCUAACGUAAAUUUGAAUUUUAACGACCCGGAAAUCAUAGACUUUCUUUUGUCGUCUACACCAGACAGCUCAAAUAUCAACAUGCCCAGUUUCCCUCUGGAGGAAGCAAGCCAGUCGAGUCUUUUUGGUCCUCUGUUAAAAGAAUCUAUGCUUGAUGAGAAUAAUCUGUUGGAUCUAGCACUGGAGAAUGAAUCUGGCCAGUCAGAGGUUUUCAAAAAAGAGGAACAAACAGACUCUGACUCUGGACUGUCCUUAGACUACAGCCAAAGUCCAGUUUCCCCAAGUAGGUCUGAAUCCUCAUGUUGCUCGUCGUCCUCCAGCUCAUCAUCGAUGUCCUCGACAUACUCGGUUCCUGAGGAGGGGGCUGUAGGAUACACCCGCAUCAAAGAGGAACCGAUGGAUGAAGAAGGUGCAGUUGGAGGUUAUUCUCCAGAACAAAACAAAAUGUGCUACACAGAUUACCUGCAAUUCCAGUAUUCACCCUGGUUUGAGCAUAUAGUCCAUGAUCAUACCUACAACCAGCCCCAACACACCAAUCAAAGAAAGCCUCCCAAAGAGUACUCUGAAGAGCCUCUGGAAUAUAAAUUCCAAGAAGAUCUUCAGACCAAGGAUGAGAAGCGAGCACGUUCCAUGAGGAUUCCAUUUUCAACUGACCAUAUUAUUAACUUACCUGUUGAAGACUUCAAUGACCUUCUUGCCAAGCACCACUUAAGUGAGUCUCAACUCGCACUUAUUAGAGACAUUCGGCGUAGGGGCAAGAACAAAGUCGCUGCGCAAAACUGUCGGCGCAGGAAGUUAGAUAUCUUGCAGGAUUUGGAACGUAGUGUUGAUGGCCUGCGGCGUCACCGUGCAAGACUGCUCAGAGAGAAAUUGGACGUUCUGCACUCAGUUAGAGAGAUGAAACAACGCCUUAAUGACCUCUAUCAAGAGGUGAGGAGUAGACUCGGGGAGGUGGAAAGGAUUCCCUGCUCAGCCAUGGACUUUACUCUGCAACCAGGCAAUGACGACCAUGUUUCAAAAUCCAGACGGAAGUCUGGCAAGAAGCAAAAAGACAAGGAGUGAGGAGGAGACUGAAUAAUUCAUGUUCUGUUUGCGCCAGCAAGCCAGACGUUGCAAGAUUCAACGGAGAGGUCACGACAGACAUUGCCUAACCAUUCAUUUUGCAGUGGAGUCGAUUUCUGCUGUCAUUUGGUGGCUAAAAAUACAUCCAGCUACAGUUAUAUGAAGUGGUGGAUGGAGGAACAUGCGCAGUUUAUAAGGAAGCAAAGCAUCCACAUUAACAGACAUGUAUCAGUAAAUCAGUGUUAAAUUUACAACAAACCUCAUCUCUUUGAAAAUGGAGAAGUUACUGGCAGUGAUAACACUGGAUUCAUCCUAAAGUAGUGGGGGCUGGGCACCUCCAGUGGGUCUCCUUUUUUUUUUUUUGGUUUUGUUUGUUUUUAAUUUAUUAAUGUAUUUUUUUUUUUACAGUGCAGGAAAUUACAGGCCAUCAUUAUCAAAAUUAGAUUUAUUAUUGAGUUCUUACAGUUACUAAAUCUGUCCAUCAGAAACAAGUAGCCCUAUAAAUAAUGACCUGAAUCUGAUGUGCUCUACCAAGGGAAAGAUCAGGAAUAAGAAGCUACAAUAAAUAGCAAUAACAUCACAAAUGCAAAUAUUGAACAUCAUAGAACACUGGCGCUCAGAAAUAAAUCUCUGUGGAUUGUGUAAAAGUUAAUUUACACUUAAAGGGGUCCCUGGUUGGGAAAAGGCCUGGUCCUGAAAGAGGUUCUGUGUUAUGAGAGCAGGACUGUUAGAACCGUAAAACAUGGUGCUAUUCUAGAAGUUUGGAAUAAACAAGUAGAAAGACUCAGAUCCCAGAAUUAAUGCAGUGGCUAUUAUUGCCCCCAUGACAAAGAAUAAACUACACCGUAGAAGACGACAUUACAGGCAAUACUGAUAAGAUGUUGAUCAAAAGGGAAUAACUCUCAUGGCUCGUAAAAACCUUAAUGUCAGUGAAGUCUAGCUCAGAUGUUAUUCAAAUCCUGUUAUCUGCUGAAUGUGUUUUGUGAUUCAACAAACAUUUUUACUGUCAGUGGUUACACACAUCUUUAAGCAUUGUUUUUUUUUGGUACUUGUUUUGUACUUCUCUUCUGUACUGUACGAGUCCUUAAUGUUGCAUUGAUCAGUUUUGCAUUUGCCGUAUGAUAUUUUCUUACUUUUUUUUGUGCGAGUUGACAAGCCGGGCUUGUUUUCUGUUUGAUUAAAGAGAUUAUAUACCA